AUUGCUGGACUCACAUGUUGCCGGCUUCAGCUGUCACGCGAGCCCGGGCCGAGGCGCCCCUCCGGCGGCUACUCACCGGCCGAAGACCGCGGAUAUCCGUCGGCACCAAAGCGGCGAGCCGAGCCCAGCACACGCAGGUCGACGUCGGAAGUCGACAUGUUGACUCAGAAGGACGUUCUGCUAUUUCUGGACGGGCCAGCGGUGGGAUAUCCGUGGACUUUGAGCAGACCAGAGAGGCUUAUAAAAGCAAGGACUCGUUGGAGCUCCUUCGAAGCCUGCUGGUUCUCAAGAUGUGCUCCUACGACUUCCUGGUUGAGAAGAAUCAAGAGAUAAUGGAUUUCGGUAAAAAGGUGUUGGGGCAGAAAGGCUUUGAUCAGUUGAUGAAGAUGACGUUUUAUGGCCAGUUUGUGGCCGGCGAGGAUCACAUGACCAUCAGGCCGCUCAUCCAGAAGAAUCUGGCCUUUGGUGUGGGCUCCGUGCUGGACUACAGUGUGGAAGAGGACAUCAUCCAGGAGGAGGAUCCACAGACACCAAUGUACUCAAAUGCAUCCAGUGAAGAGAAAGGUGAGGACUACAAAGAUACGUUUGGUGGAUCUCAAACAUAUUUCUAUGCAGAUGAGAGCAAAUGCGACCAACAUAUGGAAACAUUCAUUAAAUGUAUUGAGGCAUCUGGUGGGAGUUCAAUGGAUGGCUUCUCUGCCAUCAAAAUGACCGCUCUGGGACGACCUCAGUUUCUGCUCCAGUUCUCUGAAGUCCUGGUGAAAUGGCAGCGAUUUUUCAGCUUCCUGGCAUCCAUGCAGGGUAAAGAUGGCGUUGAUGUCUUAGAGCAAAAGUUGGAUCUUAAACAGAUGCAGGAAUGUUUGAGCAGUGUGGGUGCAAAUGGGGACUUCUACAGUGUGCUGACUGCACAGAGGGAGAAAACUUCAGGCACUUUUGACCUCCUUGACUGGGACAGCCUUUUCGAUGACAGAGCAAACCUGGCGGAACUGCUUGUGGUCCCAAAUGUUCAGCUUGGUGAACUGGAGCCUCUACUGCAAGACUUCACUGCAGAGGAGGAGGGACAAAUGAAGAGGAUAUUGCAGCGCAUGGAUAUUUUAGCAAAACACGCCGUAAAAAACGGCGUCCGCUUGAUGGUGGAUGCAGAACAGACCUACAUGCAGCCGGCCAUUCGCAGACUAACACUGGAUAUGCAGAAGAUUUACAACAAAGAUAAGCCAGUCAUCUUCAACACCUACCAAUGCUAUUUGAAGGAUGCUUUUGACAACAUUACUUUGGAUGUUGUGUUAUCGCGACGUGAGGGCUGGCACUUUGCUGCCAAGCUGGUGCGAGGGGCCUACAUGCGCCAGGAGCGGGAAAGGGCCUUGGAGUUUGACUAUGAGGACCCCAUCAACCCUGACUACGAGACCACCAACAGAACGUACCAUAGAUGUUUGGAUUUCGUGCUGGAUGAGAUUGCUCUUAACAGAAACGCCAACAUUAUGGUUGCUUCCCAUAAUGAGGCCACAGUGAAACACACAUUAUGGAGAAUGAAUGAGCUGGCUCUGUUGCCCAGGGAAAACAAAGUGUUCUUUGGCCAGCUCCUGGGCAUGUGUGAUCAGAUCAGCUUCCCACUGGGCCAAGCAGGCUUCCCCGUCUACAAGUAUGUCCCCUACGGCCCAGUGAACGAGGUGAUGCCCUACCUGAGUCGCAGAGCCCAGGAGAACCGAGGCUUCAUGAAGGGUGCCCAAAAGGAGAGAGAACUGUUGUGGAAGGAGCUGAAACGUAGAUUGGCCUCCAGGGAGCUUCUCUAUAGACCGGCAUACUGAAAUUAGUGAGGAAGAGAUGUGGUGUCUUUUGCUGUCUUCAUGUUUCUUCUGUCGGUAUUUCAUUCUUUUAUUUCUCCCAAUGCUGUGUUCCCCCCCCCCAUCCCAUCAGUUGUUGAUGUCUCCCACAUGCUCUCCCCCUUUACAUUUCUGUCCAUUCUUCAUUUUGCUCUCCUUUUGUCUUCAAAUUACUAGUAUCAAUCAAGUGGGCAUCUCAAGUGCUUUAAUCAGACUCGUGAAAAUGUCAACAAGUCCUGGCCAGCCAUUUUUUUUCUUCCACCUAUUCAUCAAGCACAAAGACAACAACACGCGCAACUAAGAGGCAUCAUUUCAAUGGUAAUAACUCCAUUAUCUAUAUUGUCCAUCUUUUAUUUUGUUUAAUAAUGGACACCCACAAUUCACCUCGAUGAGGUGUCUCUGUAUAUCUGUGUUUUAAGCCUGUUCAUGAGCCAGUGUGACCUCAUUACAUUACUUAAGUUGUUAUUGUGCUAAGGAUUCAGGGAGGGAAUCUUCUUUUUAUACAAAUACUUGUAAGUCUGUGCGCUUGUUUUUAUCUUGGUACACUGGUACACCUACACAUUUUAGUGAGAUCCAAUCAAGUAUCAGUACUGUUUUAUUAUCAUAGAUACAUUUGUUAUUAUAAUUUGGACUGGUGUAGAACUCCAGUGCAUCACGUCGCUAUAAUGCAAUUUAUUAAAUUUUUUUAAAGAACCUUCUCAUGUAGCUGAAGUAGCCAGCAGUUAAUGCCUUUCUGAAAUUGGUCCAUAUUAACUUUGUAAAAGCAGUAUUCUUGAUAUACUUGAUGAUCAUGUAUUAGAUCUCAUUACAUUGUGCAGUUGCACCUGAUGUUGUGGCCAGUGAGUUACCUCAAAUUGUGCACUCAGCUCUGAUAGGUGAUGUGCCUCAAUGAAACAAAAUAACGCAGCACUUCAAAUAAACAUUUUUUCCCCCCCCCUGACUCUUAAAAAUUAACUGAUGGGCGCCGCUUGCGAUCUUUUCGACAACACACUCAACUUGCGGGGCAGACAUGGCAUCAGUAAAGCUGAAUCGUACUGUCGAUAUAUGUAUGCAUUAUGUACUAGAUAUGUAUGUAUAUGUGUGUGUUUGGAGGUUUUGAUUGAUUAAUUUUGCUUGUAAAUACGUGUGAAGGCAACGGUUUACA